CUUUCCCCACACCUCCACCCCCGCUUCUGCCACGCAACCUGGCCGUGACACCCAGGGGCGCUGCCCACCCUCUGCGCCUCGACGGGGUGGGGCGACGGCCGGGGUCCCCACUGCCCCGCGGUCUCUGUUGUGGGUGUGGACAGAAGCCUGUUAGAGCGCUCUGUGUGGGACCUUAGCCUCGGCCCUCCUAACCUCUUUCCUUUCUCUCUCUCUUCCCCCUCUCUCCCUCCUCUCCCCCUUGCCUCCGCCCUUCAGGUCCGAUCCGUACUGGGUGCAAUGAAAGCUCCACGCAGGCCUUACCAUGGAAGGCUGUGACUCGCCUGUCGUCUCGGGGAAGGACAAUGGGUGCAGUAUCCCUCAGCACCAGCAAUGGACUGAACUCAACAGCACCCACCUCCCCGACAAACCCAGUAGCAUGGAGCAGUCCACAAGCGAGAACCACGGGCCCCUGGACGGCCUGAGGGCCCCCUUCAAUGAGCGCCUCGCGGAGAGCACCGCCCCGGCCGGGCCCGCUGCCGAGCCCGCCGGCAAGGAGGUCAGCUGCAACGAGUGCCUGGCCUCCUUCGCCAGCCUCCAGACCUACAUGGAGCAUCACUGCCCCGGCGCGCGCCCCCCGCCGCCCCUGAGGGAGGAGAGCGGGAGCGACAGCAGUGAGGAGGGGGACGAGGAGAGUGACGUGGAGAACCUGGCCGGGGAGAUCGUGUACCAGCCGGACGGCUCGGCGUACAUCGUCGAGAGCCUGAGCCAGCUGACCCCGGGCGGGGGCGUGGGUGCGGGUGGCAGUGGGCCCCUCCCGUCGCUCUUCCUGAACUCUCUCCCCGCCUCGGUGGGCAAGCCGGGGGACCCUUCCUGCGCUGCGCCCGUCUACCCACAGAUCAUCAACACUUUCCACAUAGCCUCAUCCUUCGGGAAAUGGUUUGAGGGCCCAGACCAGGCUUUCCCGAAUACCUCAGCCCUGACGGGGCUCAGCCCCGUCCUGCACAGUUUCCGCGUGUUUGACGUGCGACACAAAAGCAACAAGGAUUAUCUGAACAGUGACGGCUCUGCCAAGAGCUCCUGCGUAUCCAAAGAUGUUCCCAACAAUGUGGACCUGUCCAGAUUCGAUGGCUUCGUGCUCUAUGGCAAGAGGAAGCCCAUCCUGAUGUGUUUCUUGUGCAAACUCUCCUUCGGGUACGUCCGUUCGUUUGUGACCCAUGCGGUGCACGACCAUCGAAUGACCCUGAGUGAAGAUGAGCGGAAACUUCUUAGCAACAAGAACAUCUCCGCUAUCAUCCAAGGGAUCGGCAAAGACAAGGAACCCCUUGUAAGUUUUCUGGAACCAAAAAACAAAAACUUUCAACUCCCUUUAGUUUCCACCGCUAACCUCAUAGGCCCCGGACACAGUUUUUAUGGUAAAUUUAGUGGCAUUCGAAUGGAAGGGGAGGAGGCUCUCCCAGCCGGCCCUGCCACCGGCCCCGAGCAGCCCCAGGCUGGUAUCUUGACCCCCGGCGCCCUCUUGAACCUUGGCGGGCUCACCAGCUCGGUCCUGAAGACCCCCAUUACCUCAGUCCCCCUGGGGCCUCUGGCCUCCAGUCCUACCAAAUCCUCAGAGGGCAAGGACUCUGGGGCAGCAGAAGGAGAGAAGCAAGAAGUGGGCGAUCCGGAUUGCUUCUCCGAGAAGGCGGAGCCGGCCGAGGAGGAGGCCGAAGAGGAGGAGGACGAGGACGAGGAGGAGGUGGAGGACGAGGACGAGGACGAGGACGAGGAGGACGAGGAGGACGAGGGCUGCAAAGGGCUCUUUCCAAGCGAGUUGGACGAGGAGCUGGAGGACAGGCCCCCCGGGGAGUCUGGGGCCGCAGCAGGUAGUGGCAGCAAAAAGGACCUUGCUCUCUCAAACCAAAGCAUUUCUAACUCCCCCUUAAUGCCUACUGUGCUCCAGACCCUGUCGAGGGGCGCAGCUUCUACUAGUUCUAAUUCCGCUUCUUCCUUUGUUGUCUUUGAUGGUGCGAACAGGAGGAAUCGUUUAAGCUUUAACGGUGAGGGCGUCAGGGCCAACGUGGCAGAGGGCGGCAGGAGGCUGGACUUUGCUGAUGAAAGUGCCAAUAAAGACAAUGCCACAGCACCAGAACCAAAUGAAAGCACAGAGGGGGACGAUGGGGGCUUCGUCCCCCAUCACCAGCAUGCUGGCUCCCUCUGCGAGCUUGGGGUGGGGGAGUGCCCCUCGGGGAGUGGCGUGGAGUGCCCCAAAUGCGAUACGGUCCUGGGUUCCUCCCGCUCGCUGGGCGGCCACAUGACUAUGAUGCAUUCUCGCAACUCGUGCAAGACACUCAAGUGCCCCAAGUGCAACUGGCACUACAAGUACCAGCAGACGCUGGAGGCGCACAUGAAGGAGAAGCACCCGGAGCCGGGGGGCUCCUGCGUCUACUGCAAGAGCGGGCAGCCCCACCCUCGGCUGGCCCGAGGCGAGAGCUACACGUGUGGUUACAAGCCUUUCCGCUGUGAGGUGUGUAACUACUCCACAACUACCAAAGGCAACCUCAGCAUUCACAUGCAGUCCGACAAGCAUCUCAACAACAUGCAGAACCUGCAGAACGGAGGGGGCGAGCAGGUCUUCAGCCACACGGCUGGGGCGGCGGCGGCGGCUGCCGCGGCGGCGGCCGCCGCGGCCAGCAUCGGCAGCUCCUGUGGGGCCCCCUCGCCCACCAAACCAAAAACCAAACCCACCUGGCGGUGCGAGGUGUGCGACUACGAGACCAACGUGGCCAGGAACCUCCGCAUCCACAUGACGAGCGAGAAGCACAUGCACAACAUGAUGCUGCUGCAGCAGAACAUGACCCAGAUCCAGCACAGCCGCCACCUGGGCCUCGGCAGCCUGCCCUCGCCCGCCGAGGCCGAGCUCUACCAGUACUACCUGGCCCAGAACAUGAGCCUGCCCAACCUGAAGGUGGACAGCGCCGCCCCCGACGCCCAGUUCGUGAUGGGCGGAUUCCAGCUGGACCCCGCCGGGCCCAUGACCGCCGUGACGCCCGCUCUAGUGGGCGGUGAGAUCCCCCUAGACAUGCGGCUCGGGGGCGGGCAGCUGGUGUCAGAGGAGCUGAUGAACUUGGGCGAGAGCUUCAUCCAGACCAACGACCCGUCGCUGAAGCUCUUCCAGUGUGCCGUCUGCAACAAGUUCACCACGGACACCCUGGACCUGCUGGGGCUGCACAUGAACGUGGAGCGCAGCCUCCCUGAGGACGAGUGGAAGGCCGUGAUGGGGGACUCGUACCAGUGCAAGCUCUGCCGCUACAACACCCAGCUCAAGGCCAACUUCCAGCUGCACUGCAAGACAGACAAGCACGUGCAGAAGUACCAGCUGGUGGCCCACAUCAAGGAGGGCGGCAAAGCCAACGAGUGGCGGCUCAAGUGCGUGGCCAUCGGCAACCCUGUCCACCUCAAGUGCAACGCCUGCGACUAUUACACCAAUAGCUUGGAGAAGCUGCGGCUGCACACGGUCAACUCCAGGCACGAGGCCAGCCUGAAGCUGUACAAGCACCUGCAGCAGCACGAGAGCGGCGUGGAGGGCGAGAGCUGCUACUACCACUGCGUCCUGUGCAACUACUCUACCAAGGCCAAGCUCAACCUCAUCCAGCACGUGCGCUCCAUGAAGCAUCAGCGCAGCGAGAGCCUGCGCAAGCUGCAGCGGCUGCAGAAGGGCCUUCCGGAGGAGGAUGAAGACCUGGGGCAGAUCUUCACCAUCCGUAGGUGCCCCUCCACCGACCCCGAAGAAGCCAUUGAAGAUGUUGAAGGGCCCGGUGAAGCGGCUGCUGAUCCCGAGGAGCUUGCUAAAGACCAGGAGAGUGGAGGCGAGAAGGACCAGAGCAAGUGGACAGCAUCAUCAAGCCAAGCAGAGAAGGAGCUGACAGAUUCUCCUGCAACCUCCAAACGCAUCUCCUUCCCAGGUAGCUCAGAGUCUCCUCUCUCUUCAAAGCGACCAAAAACAUCAGAGGAGACCAAACCGGAGCAGAUGUACCAGUGUCCCUACUGCAAGUACAGCAACGCCGAUGUCAACCGGCUGCGGGUGCACGCCAUGACGCAGCACUCGGUGCAGCCCAUGCUCCGCUGCCCCCUGUGCCAGGACAUGCUCAACAACAAGAUCCACCUCCAGCUGCACCUCACCCACCUCCACAGCGUGGCGCCCGACUGCGUGGAGAAGCUCAUCAUGACGGUGACUACCCCUGAGAUGGUGAUGCCCAGCAGCCUGUUCCUCCCAGCGGCUGUUCCAGAUCGGGACGGGAACUCCAGUUUGGAGGAGGCAGGAAAGCAGCCUGAAACCUCAGAUGAUCUGGGAAAGAACAUCUUGCCCUCUGCCAGCACAGAACACAGUGGAGAUGUGAAACCCUCUCCCGCUGACCCAGGCUCUGUGAGAGAAGAUUCAGGCUUCCUGUGCUGGAAGAAGGGGUGCAACCAGGUUUUCAAAACUUCCGCCACUCUCCAGACGCACUUCAACGAGGUUCACGCCAAGAGGCCUCAGCUGCCCGUGUCGGAUCGCCACGUGUACAAGUACCGCUGCAACCAGUGCAGCCUAGCUUUCAAGACCGUGGAAAAGCUGCAGCUCCACUCUCAGUACCACGUGAUCAGAGCUGCCACCAUGUGCUGUCUCUGUCAGCGCAGUUUCCGAACUUUCCAGGCUCUGAAAAAACACCUCGAGACGAGCCACCUGGAGUUGAGUGAGGCCGACAUCCAACAGCUUUAUGGUGGCCUUCUGGCCAAUGGAGACCUCCUGGCAAUGGGAGACCCCACCCUGGCCGAGGACCAUACCAUAAUCGUUGAGGAAGACAAGGAAGAAGAGAGUGACUUGGAGGAUAAACAGAGCCCGACGGGCAGUGACUCUGGGUCGGUACAAGAAGACUCGGGCUCAGAGCCAAAGAGAGCUCUCCCUUUCAGAAAAGGCCCCAACUUCACCAUGGAAAAAUUUCUAGACCCUUCUCGCCCUUACAAGUGUACCGUCUGCAAGGAAUCUUUCACUCAGAAGAACAUCCUGCUAGUGCACUACAAUUCUGUCUCCCACCUGCAUAAGUUGAAGAGAGCCCUUCAAGAAUCGGCAGCUGGUCAGCCAGAACCCACCAGCAGCCCUGACAACAAACCUUUCAAGUGUAACACUUGUAACGUGGCCUAUAGCCAGAGUUCCACGCUGGAGAUCCAUAUGAGGUCUGUGUUGCAUCAAACCAAGGCCCGGGCAGCCAAGCUGGAGGCUGCAAGUGGCAGCAGCAAUGGCACCGGGAACAGCAGCAGUGUCUCCCUGAGCUCCUCCACCCCAAGUCCUGUGAGCACCAGUGGCAGUAACAGCUUUACCACCACCAAUCCGAGCAGUGCUGGCACUGCUCCAAGCUCCAGCUUACUGAGCCAAGUGUCCGCUGAAAGUGCAGGCAUGCCACCCCUGGGGAACCCCAGCGGUGCCAACACUGCUUCCCCUUCAGAGCCCAAGGAAGCCAAUCGGAAGAAGCUGGCAGAUAUGAUCACAUCCAGGCAGCAGCAGCAGCAAGCACAGACCCUGGCCCAGGCCCAGGCCCAAGUUCAAGCUCACCUGCAGCAGGAGCUGCAGCAGCAGGCGGCCCUGAUCCAGUCCCAGCUGUUUAGCCCCACCCUCCUUCCGCACUUCCCCAUGGCCACGGAGACCCUGCUGCAGCUGCAGCAGCAGCAGCAUCUCCUCUUCCCCUUCUACAUCCCCAGCGCCGAGUUCCAGCUCAGCCCCGAGGUGAGCCUGCCAGUGACGAGCGGGGCGCUGACGCUGACGGGGGCGGGCCCAGGCUUGCUGGAAGAGCUGAAGGCUCAGGUUCAGGUCCCGCAGCAGGGCCAUCAGCAGGUCCUGCAGCAGCAGAGCCAGCUCUCUCUGCCCCAGAGUCACUCUGCACUCCUACAGCCCAGCCAGCACAUCGAGAAGAAAAACAAAUUGGUCAUCAAAGAAAAGGAAAAAGAAAGCCAGAGAGAGAGGGACGGUGCCGAGGGGGGAGAGGGCAACUCGGGACCAAAGGAAUCACUUCCCGAUGCCUUGAAGGCCAAAGAGAAGAAAGAAUUGGCCCCAGGGGGUAGUUGUGAGCCUUCCAUGCUCCCUCCACGCAUCGCCUCGGACGCCAGAGGGAACGCCACCAAGGCCUUGCUGGAGAACUUCGGCUUUGAGCUGGUCAUUCAGUACAACGAGAACAAGCAGAAGGUACAGAAGAAGAACGGGAAGACCGAGCAGGGGGAGAAUCCGGAAAAGCUCGAGUGCGACUCCUGUGGCAAGUUGUUCUCGAACAUCUUGAUUUUAAAGAGUCAUCAAGAGCAUGUUCACCAGAAUUACUUUCCCUUUAAACAGCUGGAGAGAUUUGCCAAACAGUACCGAGAGCACUACGACAAGCUGUACCCCUUGAGGCCUCAGACCCCCGAGCCGCCGCCUCCGCCCCCACCCCCGCCGCCGCCCCCGCUUCCGGCAGCGCCGCCCCCGCCGGCCUCCACCCCAGCCAUCCCCGUGUCAGCGCCACCCAUCACCUCGCCCACGAUUGCACCGGCCCAGCCAUCCGUGCCGCUGACCCAGCUCUCCAUGCCCAUGGAGCUGCCCAUCUUCUCACCACUGAUGAUGCAGACGAUGCCGCUGCAGACCCUGCCGGCCCAGCUGCCCCCUCAGCUUGGACCUGUGGAGCCUCUGCCUGCGGACCUGGCCCAGCUCUACCAGCAUCAGCUCAAUCCAAGUCUCCUCCAGCAACAGAACAAGAGGCCUCGCACUAGGAUCACCGAUGACCAGCUCCGAGUCCUGCGGCAGUAUUUUGACAUUAACAACUCCCCCAGUGAAGAGCAGAUCAAAGAGAUGGCAGACAAGUCUGGGCUGCCCCAGAAAGUGAUCAAGCACUGGUUCAGAAACACUCUCUUCAAAGAGCGGCAGCGUAACAAGGACUCCCCUUACAACUUCAGCAAUCCUCCUAUCACCAGCCUGGAGGAGCUCAAGAUCGACUCUCGGCCCCCUUCACCAGAACCUCAGAAGCAGGAGUACUGGGGGAGCAAGAGGUCUUCAAGAACAAGAUUUACUGACUACCAGCUGAGGGUCCUGCAGGACUUCUUUGAUGCCAACGCUUACCCCAAGGACGAUGAAUUUGAGCAACUCUCUAAUUUACUGAACCUUCCAACCCGAGUCAUAGUGGUCUGGUUUCAAAACGCCCGACAGAAGGCCAGGAAAAAUUACGAGAAUCAGGGAGAGGGCAAAGAUGGAGAGCGGCGGGAACUUACAAAUGAUAGGUAUAUUCGAACGAGCAACUUGAACUACCAGUGCAAAAAAUGCAGCCUGGUGUUUCAGCGCAUCUUUGAUCUCAUCAAGCACCAGAAGAAGCUGUGUUACAAGGAUGAGGACGAGGAGGGGCAGGAUGACAGCCAAAACGAGGAUUCCAUGGACGCCAUGGAAAUCCUGACACCCACCAGCUCCUCGUGCAGCACCCCGAUGCCCUCCCAGGCUUACAGCACCCCGGCACCAACGGCCAGUACAGCUUCCGCUGCUUUCUUGCAGCUUACAUCAGAGGCUGACGAACUGGCCACCUUCAGUUCAAAACCAGAGGCGAGUGAUGAGAAACCAAAGCAGGCUGAACCUCCCAGUGCACAGCCAAACCAGACCCAAGAAAAGCAAGGACAACCAAAGGCAGAGCUGCAGCAGCAAGACCAGCCCGAGCAGAAGACAAAUGCAGCCCAGCAAAAGCUCCCGCAGCUGACGUCCCCCGCUUCGUUGCCCCAGCCUCCUCCACAAGUGCCCCCCCCUCAGUGCCCCUUGGCCCAGUCGAGCCCCAGUCCCUCCCAGCUCUCCCACCUGCCCCUUAAGCCCCUCCACACGUCAACUCCUCAGCAGCUGGCCAACCUACCUCCGCAGCUAAUCCCCUACCAGUGUGAGCAGUGCAAGCUGGCGUUCCCGUCGUUUGAGCACUGGCAGGAGCACCAGCAGCUUCACUUUCUGAGCGCACAGAACCAGUUCAUCCACCCCCAGUUUUUGGACAGGUCACUGGAUAUGCCUUUCAUGCUGUUUGACCCGAGUAACCCACUGCUGGCAAGCCAGCUGCUCUCUGGGGCCAUACCUCAGAUUCCGGCAAGCUCGGCCACUUCCCCUUCAACUCCCACCUCCACGAUGAACACUCUCAAGAGGAAGCUGGAGGAAAAGGCCAGUGCCAGCCCUGGAGAAAACGACAGUGGGACGGGAGGAGAAGAACCUCAGAGAGACAAGCGUUUGAGGACAACUAUUACACCAGAACAGCUAGAAAUUCUCUACCAAAAGUAUCUCUUGGACUCCAAUCCAACUCGAAAGAUGUUGGAUCACAUUGCGCAUGAGGUGGGUCUGAAGAAACGUGUGGUACAAGUCUGGUUUCAGAACACCCGAGCCCGGGAAAGGAAAGGACAGUUCAGGGCUGUGGGCCCAGCGCAGGCCCACAGGAGAUGCCCUUUUUGCAGAGCGCUCUUCAAAGCCAAGACUGCCCUGGAGGCUCAUAUCCGGUCCCGUCAUUGGCAUGAAGCCAAGAGAGCUGGCUACAACCUAACUCUGUCUGCAAUGCUCUUAGACUGCGAUGGGGGACUCCAGAUGAAAGGAGAUAUUUUUGAUGGAACUAGCUUUUCCCACCUACCCCCAAGCAGUAGUGAUGGCCAAGGUGUUCCCCUCUCACCUGUGAGCAAAACCAUGGAGUUGUCUCCUAGAACUCUUCUUAGCCCUUCUUCCAUCAAGGUGGAAGGGAUUGAAGACUUUGAAAGCCCUUCCAUGUCUUCAGUUAAUCUAAACUUUGACCAAACUAAGCUGGACAACGACGACUGUUCCUCAGUCAACACAGCGAUCACAGAUACCACUACUGGAGACGAGGGCAAUGCGGAUAACGACAGUGCGACGGGAAUAGCAACUGAAACCAAAUCCUCUUCCGCGCCCAGUGAAGGGUUGACCAAAGCGGCCAUGAUGGCAAUGUCCGAGUAUGAAGAUCGGUUGUCAUCCGGUCUGGUCAGCCCAGCCCCGAGCUUUUACAGCAAGGAAUAUGACAAUGAAGGUACAGUGGACUACAGUGAAACCUCGAGCCUUGCAGACCCCUGCUCCCCAAGCCCUGGUGCAAGUGGGUCAGCAGGCAAAUCUGGAGACAGUGGGGAUAGGCCCGGGCAGAAACGUUUUCGCACUCAGAUGACCAAUCUGCAGCUGAAGGUCCUCAAGUCAUGCUUUAAUGACUACAGGACACCCACCAUGCUAGAGUGUGAAGUCCUGGGCAAUGACAUUGGACUGCCAAAGAGAGUGGUUCAGGUCUGGUUCCAGAAUGCCCGGGCAAAAGAAAAGAAGUCCAAGUUAAGCAUGGCCAAGCAUUUUGGUAUAAACCAAACAAGUUACGAGGGACCCAAAACAGAGUGCACUUUGUGUGGCAUCAAGUACAGCGCUCGGCUGUCUGUACGUGACCAUAUCUUUUCCCAACAGCAUAUCUCCAAAGUUAAAGACACCAUUGGAAGCCAGCUGGACAAGGAGAAAGAAUACUUUGACCCAGCCACUGUACGUCAGUUGAUGGCUCAACAAGAGUUGGACCGGAUUAAAAAGGCCAAUGAGGUCCUCGGACUGGCAGCUCAGCAGCAAGGGAUGUUUGACAACGCCCCUCUUCAGGCUCUCAACCUUCCUACGGCAUAUCCGGCAAUCCAGGGCAUUCCUCCCGUGUUGCUCCCCGGCCUCAACAGCCCCUCCUUGCCAGGCUUUACUCCAUCCAACACAGCUUUAACAUCUCCUAAACCGAACUUGAUGGGUCUGCCCAGCACAACAGUUCCUUCCCCCGGCCUCCCCACGUCUGGAUUACCAAAUAAACCACCCUCAGCGUCGCUGAGCUCCCCCACGCCAGCACAGGCCCCCGCGGCGACGGCCCCUCUGCCAAGUCCCCAACCGCAGCCGCCGCCGCCGCCGCCAGCAGCCCAGCCGCCACCCGCGCCGCAGCUCCCGCCGCAGCAGCAGCAACAGCAACGCCAGGACAGAGAUGGUGAGAAGGGAAAGGAGAAGGAAAAGGCACACAAAGGGAAAGGGGAACCCCUGCCCGUCCCCAAGAAGGAGAAAGGAGAGGCCCCCACGGCAGCCGCAGCCACGAUCUCAGCACCGCUGCCCGCCAUGGAGUAUGCAGUGGACCCUGCGCAGCUGCAGGCCCUGCAGGCAGCCUUGACUUCGGACCCCACAGCGUUGCUCACGAGCCAGUUCCUCCCUUACUUUGUACCAGGCUUCUCUCCUUAUUACGCCCCCCAGAUCCCCGGCGCCCUGCAGAGCGGGUACCUGCAGCCUAUGUACGGCAUGGAAGGCCUGUUCCCCUACAGCCCUGCGCUGUCGCAGGCCCUGAUGGGGCUGUCCCCGGGCUCCCUGCUGCAGCAGUACCAGCAAUACCAGCAGAGUCUGCAGGAGGCCAUCCAGCAGCAGCGGCAGCUGCAGCAGCAGCAGCAAAAAGUGCAGCAGCCCAAAGCAAGCCAAACCCCAGUCCCCCAGGGGGCUGCUUCCCCAGACAAAGACCCUGCCAAAGAAUCCCCCAGACCAGAAGAGCAGAAAAACGCACCCCGUGAGGUGUCCCCCCUCCUGCCGAAACCCCCCGAAGAGCCAGAAGCAGAAAGCAAAAGUGCGGACUCCCUCUACGACCCCUUCAUUGUUCCAAAGGUGCAGUACAAGUUGGUCUGCCGCAAGUGCCAGGCGGGCUUCAGUGACGAGGAGGCGGCGAGGAGCCACCUGAAGUCCCUCUGCUUCUUCGGCCAGUCUGUGGUGAACCUGCAAGAGAUGGUGCUUCACGUCCCCACGGGCGGCGGCGGCGGCGGUGGCGGUGGCGGCAGCGGCUCGUACCACUGCCUGGCGUGCGAGAGCGCGCUCUGUGGGGAGGAAGCUCUGAGUCAACAUCUCGAGUCGGCCUUGCACAAACACAGAACAAUCACGAGAGCAGCAAGAAACGCCAAAGAGCACCCUAGUUUAUUACCUCACUCUGCCUGCUUCCCCGAUCCUAGCACCGCAUCUACCUCGCAGUCUGCCGCUCACUCAAACGACAGCCCCCCUCCCCUGUCGGCCGCCGCCCCCUCCUCGUCCUCCGCUUCCCCCCACGCCUCCAGGAAGUCUUGGCCGCAAGUGGUCUCCCGGGCUUCGGCCGCGAAGCCCCCUUCUUUUCCUCCUCUCUCCUCAUCUUCAACGGUUACCUCAAGUUCAUGCAGCACCUCAGGGGUUCAGCCCUCGAUGCCAACAGACGACUAUUCGGAGGAGUCUGACACGGAUCUCAGCCAAAAGUCCGACGGACCGGCGAGCCCGGUGGAGGGUCCCAAAGACCCCAGCUGCCCCAAGGACAGUGGUCUGACCAGUGUAGGAACGGACACCUUCAGAUUGUAAGCUUUGAAGAUGAACAAUACAAACAAAUGAAUUUAAAUAAAAAAAUUAAUAACAAACCAAUUUCAAAAAUAGACUAACUGCAAUUCCAAAGCUUCUAACCAAAAAAAAAAAAAAAAAAAAAAAAGGAAAAAAAAAAGGAAGAAAAAGCGUGGGUUGUUUUCCCAUAUACCUAUCUAUGCCGGUGAUUUUACAUUCUUGUCUUUUCUUUUCUAAUAUUAAAAAGAAAAAAGAAAAAACUUAACCUUGUUACAUUGUGUCCUUUUGAAGGUACUAUCGGUCUGGGAAACAAGUCCACAGGGCCUCCCUAUGUCUUUGGAGCUUAAACCCCUUGUAUAUUUGCCCCUUUUCAAUAAAUGCCCCACGUUGAUGAUAGCACAGAGGAGCCCGGCAUGCACUGUAUGGGAAAGCAGUCCACCUUGUUACAGUUUUAAAUUUCUUGCUAUCUUAGCAUUCAGAUACCAAUGGCUUGCUAAAAGAAAAAAAGAAAUGUAAUGUCUUUUUAUUCUCAGGUCAAUGGCUCACACUUUUUUCUGUUUUCAGAAUCAUUGUUUUAUAUAUAUUAUUUUGGGGGGGGGGGGUUUUUUUUUUUGGUUUUUGUUUUCGUUCCAGAAAAGAUUUUUUGUUUUGUUAAUUUAAAAACGGGCAGAAAGUAUUUGAGAAAAACAAUGUGAACUGCUUUAGCUUUCUGGGGAUUUUAAGAAUAGCUUUUCUGCUGAAGCCAAUUUCAAGGGGAAAAGUUAAGCACUCCCACUUUCAGAAAAAAAAAAAAAAACAAACCCACACACAGAGUGUUGAGGACUUGUAGCUUAAAAAAAUAAGUUUUAAAAACUGACUUUCUGUAUUUAUGAUAGAUAUGACCAUUUUUGGUGUUGAGUAGAUUGUUGCAUUGGAAAUGAACUGAAGCAGUAUGGUAGAUUUAAAAGGAAAAAAAAAAACCCUUUUGUGUACAUUUAGCUUUUUGUAUGGUCCAGCUGACAGCUCCUCACUUGAUGUUGUCUUGUUCAUUCCUAGCAGAUAGAUUGCAAUCCGUUGAUUCACCUAAGCUUUUCUCCCCUUUGUCCCUUAAUUCCACUUUCUCUUUCCUCCUCCCACCCUAUAAUCUCCCACUUAAGGUAGCUGCCUUCGUUUCUUAGAGGGUAGCUGCAGAAUUAUUUUAUAAAACUAAAGAAUGAAUUUCAAAGGGUUCUAGGGGUCAUUAGGAUCCUCACAGAUUAUUUUUGGUUGGGGAGUUGAAUCUUUUUAAAGGCAUAUAAUUCUAGUUACCUAUGUCUGUUAGCCUUGUACAUUUAUUUUUUAUUUAUCCUUCCUUUGGUUUUUCUUUUCACCCUUUUUUUCCCCUCCUUGUUUGGUAGAUGCUUCAAAUAUUCUUUUCCUAAACUAAAGCAUUUGUUUCGGUUUGUGUAAUUGGGCUGUGUGCUUUUCUUUUCUAAAAAAGUUUUUGGUUAGGGGUUUGGUUUCUGUGUUUUUGUUUUGUUUUCUUUCCUCUCUCAGAAAAAGAAAUUUCAUGCUUUAAAUAAAAUCCAAAGACACACCCUUUCACUGCUGAGGCAGAAAAAAGGGAAAGGGUUCUUGUUACUUGAGAAUUUGUUUCUGAUUUAAAUAAACAAGACUUAGUUUAAUAAAAGAAAGAGUAAAACAGAAGAUUCCCAGGUUGUUAUGUGCUUCUUCUGCAAGCAGAGAGGCAGCUGUUAAAGACAAUUCCAUAUACCAAAAGACACACUUUUUACUUCAAAGUUUUGUCCUUGUGUUAGGCAGUCUGAGCAGCGAGUGAUCCAGAGCGCAGCCAACAAAGAAGCAGAUAGCAAUGUACGUACAGAGAGCAAAAAAGGAACUGUGUGUGAGGCACUUGUGUUUAUGUUAAUAUCCGUAUUCCUGUAACACACAACACAACGCAACAUACACCCUUUCUCAUCUUAAAAAAGCGGUCUGAACUUUGAAAGGAAACCUUUGUGCUGCUAUAAUGUAGAUUUUGGAGACAAAUAGAUGCUUUGCUGUUUCACCUUCAUAGCCAAACAUCAACAGAAAAAAAUCUCCCCUUACCCCGAAAGUGUGAAAUCCUUCUCCCCUUCAUUCUCUUCCUUAUGUUUCAAAAGGGAACUUUGAAGACUGUGAAUGCAGGUUCCAUCUGGUCACCUUUCGGGCUUCUUCCCCAGGGCUGAAGCCACUCAUCGACUUUGCAAAAAGACUGGAGCAUUCCAAGAUCUGAAAAUGAAUUUCUUUUUAUUCUCUUUUUCUUUUUUAGCCGGGACUAUUUUAUUUUUAUGAAUUUGUUUUUAGUUUAAUGAAAGAGUAGAUCCUGAACUGUUGUAUAUAUUUCUAACUAGGCUGACUGAUGCACAGUGCAAAUUCCUUUUUUAAUUUUUUUUUUUUAAGUAGAAGUACUAAAGAAUACCAUCUAACUAUUCAUACCAGUAUCCAGUCAUAGCAUAAGGUGUCAAAAACAAGUACGCAAAACAUUUGCUGUUUUAACAAGCUAUUUCUUUUAACAAGAAUUCUUGUAUUUCUCCCUGUGUUUGAGAUGAACAUUUUUAAAUUUUGAAGUUGUACAGUUUUUUGUUUUCCAUUAUUUUAUCUUGUUUGUAACUCUAUGAAAUAUAUAUAUAUAUAUUUUUUGCCAUUUAACUGUUGUAUGUUACUCUGUGUCUGUAUCAUAUAGAAAAAAAUUGUUUUUGGUUCUCUAUGUGAUACCAAUUAACAAUUUAACACUAGUUUUAUCUGUCAAAUUCUGCUAGGUCUUUUCUGAAAACUUUGUUUUUAAAAAUGGUAACUGGUAAUAGUGCAAUUUCUAUCCCUUUCCCUCCCCCCCUCAACUUUAAGUUCAUUUCCUUGUAAUUUUGCCACCCCUCCCCAAAGUGUUUUCUUUUUCCUUUCUUUUCUUUUCUUUUUUUUUUGAGCUACCAUGCCAUCCUCCCUCUGUGAGGCAGAGUGACUGUCAGUGUUUUUGUUAUGCCAUGCCUCGACCUGUGGGUGUGUUCGGCAAUAGCAAGGUGGUUGGGUAGACUGACCCACCAGUGUUCCAUUUAAUCAUCCACCCACCAGUGUUCCUCAGUGGGGUUAUGUGAGUGUUUCAACCUGGAGUGGGUUGCACGCUUAAUGCUUUCCUCUACAAGUAUACCGCCCACAUAUACGUUCAUUCAAAAAAAAAAUUCUUCUCAGCGUUAACCUAGAAGUAGCAAAGCAGUUGGUGAUGGUGAAGCUUAGAGGUCAAACAUGAGCUAGUUAGAUGUCUGUGGGCUGGCAUCCACCAUGGCUGUGACCAGUAUCAUUUACAAAGCAUGAAUUCACGACAACGCUCAACUGUUUAGAUCGGUCCCACUCGGAGAAUUUACUCCUGUCUGCUGCAUAGUCCGUAGCUGAAUAGGCUAUCUCAAAUUACUUUCUGAAUUAGUUCUUCACCUCCAUUGAUACUUCUUGUUUUUGGUUGGUUGUUUUUUUUCUGAAUCUCCACAGUGUGGGUUGGUGCCAGACACCAAUCAGUCAUAGCACCAAAUGGGCCCACAGAAUGGGAGUUAUUUCCUCCAUCCUCCAAAAAGAAACUUAAGAAGGAAACACAUACACACACCUACACAUGCGUGCACGUGCGCGCGCACACACACACACACACACGGAAAAGUUUAGGAAGUUCUAUUUUUAAUUAAAAGCUAUUUAAAGAGAUGAAUGUGGCCAAAGUUUUACACAAUUGAAAAUAAGGUAACACAGACAGCACGUGUUUAAACCUGAGUUUAUCAGGCAUGGCAGGAAGUUGCAGGAGAGAGAGGCAGAGACCCAAGCCAGUGCACUUGAUGUUCAUGGACAUAUAUUUUUUUUUAAAUAAAUUAAAUUAAAACAUUUUAAAUAGAAGCAUAAAUUGAGUUGGUUGUUUGUUGGCGCUGAGAUACUGCCCACUGUGAAACAAAGCUUUGACUAGUUUUUUUGUUUGUUUGUUUACUUUCUUCGGAGGGGAGGGGGGCAAGUUUGGGUAGGAAAGAAAGCAUACAUGAACGUGACCCUGAGGUGAAGAGGUAUAUGAACAGCCUUUGCAGUGUACAAAAAAACAAAAAAAAAAACAAAAAAAAAAAAACAAAAAAAAAAAUAGAGCAAGUGAAACCAAAAAUGAUGUUCUUGGUGUUUUUCUAUAAUGUAGUCUUGUUAGCUUUUUUGUUACUGUAACAAUGCUGAUCUCGAACUGUACCAAAAUACAUGGAGACUAACAGAACCACAUGGAACUUUCAAACUGAAAAAAUUUGUCACAAAAACUUUGUUGUCAUAGUUAAGUUGAUUGUAGAUGGUAAUUGAAUAUACUCCUUUGAAAA